AUGUACUUGAAUGAACGACACCGGGUCGGAUUGCAGUCACAGACGCAGAAGAAAGCUCUUGAUGCGACUGGAAAUGUGGGGUUGACAAAUGCCUUGGAUAACACACUUGGACCUUAG